UUGAAGCCUAGAAACCCCCUCCCCUUCCCCCCUCCCCCUUUUGCCGCUUUGUGGCACCCCCCUCCCUCUACCCUUUCCCACUCUGAUAAUCUGGCCAUGACUAGCAGAAGCACAGCCAGGCCCAAUGGGCAGCCCCAGGCCAGCAAAAUAUGCCAGUUCAAAUUGGUCCUGCUGGGGGAAUCUGCAGUGGGGAAGUCUAGCCUGGUAUUACGUUUUGUCAAAGGGCAGUUCCAUGAGUACCAGGAGAGUACCAUUGGAGCGGCCUUCCUCACCCAAUCCGUUUGUCUAGAUGACACAACCGUCAAGUUUGAAAUCUGGGACACAGCUGGGCAGGAGCGAUACCAUAGCUUGGCCCCCAUGUACUACAGGGGUGCCCAAGCUGCAAUUGUGGUUUAUGACAUUACUAAUCAGGAAACCUUUGCCCGAGCGAAGACAUGGGUGAAAGAACUCCAACGACAGGCCAGUCCUAGCAUUGUUAUUGCCCUGGCGGGAAACAAAGCUGACCUGGCCAACAAGCGCAUGGUGGAGUAUGAAGAGGCCCAGGCGUAUGCAGAUGACAACAGCUUAUUGUUUAUGGAGACUUCAGCCAAGACAGCUAUGAACGUGAACGAUCUCUUCCUGGCAAUAGCUAAGAAGUUGCCAAAGAGUGAACCCCAGAAUCUGGGGGGUGCAGCAGGCCGAAGCCGGGGUGUGGAUCUCCAUGAGCAGUCCCAGCAGAACAAGAGCCAGUGUUGUAGCAACUGAGGGGGUGGCUAGCAGCAAACAAGUAUGGAGCUAGCACGAGAGCUAAGAAAUAACCUCCAUCCCUACCCGUCAGCACACAGCCGCUGCGGUAACAGCACACUGAGCCCUGGAUCCCAAGGGCUGCCUCCUGACAGCUCCGUCAUGGCACUUUUUAACGCUUCAGCAACCAACACCAGGCAGCUGUUGCCACUGGCCUCUUACCCUCUACUCUGGGGCUUGGGGGUCAGAUCCCCCUGGGACUUACCUUCCAAAACAAACUUUCUUCACUUUGUAUUACAGGUGCAAGACAGUGACCUACUUAUCUUUCCUCCUCUUCCCCAGCGUUCCUCCCCAUUUUUUCAGAAAACACUUAUGUCUCUUGUGCUUUCUACCUGUCUGCUUUUGGUCAUUCCCUGUUCUUGAUCCCCUUUUUCUCCUCUCCCCAGGAUGGAGAAGGUGGUGAACCCAGGAAGUGAAGAAGGAGGUUUCCAGUUCAGUCACAUUAAGGGCCCUGGGGGAGAGUAAGGCUCACAGCAGGAGGUUGUAAGGAAACAUUUCCUUUUUGUUUGUAUUUGUUUGGAGUUUCUUAUAUUUGAAAACGCUGCAGUAUCCAUGAGUUGGCCUUGUGGAGGGUGUUCCUAGCAAGAUCUGAGAAUGGGAAGGCAAGCUGUCUGGCACCAGGUGGGAGUGGUGUUGAGUUAGCCAACUGGGUGGAGGCAGAGGAGGUGGAGGUGCAGUGUCUACAGUGGCUCUGCAUCGCCCCAAGGCCUGGUUUCCCUUCACCCAGGCUCUUAGGUAGCUUCUCCCCCAUGGUGGGGAUUGGAGCCCAGGGUCCUCCAAAGAAUCUUCACUGACUGCCUGCAUCUUUGGCUCUGCCGUGAUCUGAUUGGAGGAGGGACCAGUUUCUGAUACCUGUCCUCUGAUUUAUACAUAUGCAUUUUUUUCUCUGGCCUUUAAAUGGGCCCUAGUCACCAUAUCCCCCUGCAGUUUGCACUUUAAUUGAUGGUAUUUCAGUUGGGAUACUUGUUUUAUGGGGGUUUUGAUAUCCACCCUCCCACCUUCUUUUUAAUUAAAUGGAAUCCAAGUAUAUAUGAAGUUCUAGGAGGGCUGGAGAGAACAGUGCUCAAGCCCAGUCUUCACUGCUGGCUUCCUCCAACUCUGAUUCUUAACCUAUAUUCUAGCCAGCCUAGUUCUUAAGUGGAGGUUUGCCUUUCCUGGAGAAUUAACUGAGCAACUGAGGAGUAGACUCAGGAUAGCAUAGUCCAGGGUAGGAGAGUGAAGAGGGGCCGGGUAAGAGGGAGGAGUUUUCUCUCUUUUUCCAGGGUUCACCUUCAAUUUGAUAUGCAUUACCAUGUCUUUUCUACUUCCCUGUAAAUAGGUGUGAUCUUUAUUCCCACUGUACAGUCUGUUCUAUUCUCCGCUUCCCAUCAGGCCCUAGUUCUUCUCUCCUUUGUUAAUGUCUUCAGUUUCGUCCCUCCAUCCCUAUCCUGUCCCGACCCCCCAGGCAUCCUUGUCCCACUAGGGGCUCGUACCACAGAGGCCUGCUUGUGGCCUCCUUACGUCCUACCACCUGUUCCUGUGGACAGGGAAUAACUAGCACGGAAAGGUACCUCACAACUGUCUCACACCAUCAGAGGACUUUGGUCCUUUCUAGAUCCCUAGCCUCUCUUCAUAGCUCUCAUCAGGUGUUUCUAGGAUAUCUGUGGGAAGCCAUCAAGGCAAGAGAGAACUCUAGACUCCUUGUUUUUCCAGCCUGGAAUUUUGGGAAGAUUUGAGAAAGAAAGAUAGGAAUGCCAUAGUGACCGAGGAUUGGAUCAUCUGCCCAGACUGCCUUCUGUCCCAGAGAAGCUGAGAAAUCCAUGAAGCUGAGAUUUUGAAGAACCAGCUUAGGUUCUUCCACUUAGGCCUCAAUUCCCCUCCUUUUCCCGGGGCAGCCUUAGUUCCCAUGGCCCUGAAACAUGUAUUUUCCCAGCACCCACUAGCCCCCCAAAGCACCCAGUGCAUCGUUUUCACAAGUGGAGAAACUAGGAUGGCUUUCUAAGUUUCUUAGCAAUGAAGUUCGUUCUCUGUGCAGCUUUCCCUACGGAGCAGGAGAGAAGAUGUUUCAUGGCCUUGGGGCUGGGAAACCAUUUCCCCUGGCUUCUUAUCCCCUCCCUUCUGCCCUCCCCCACUUACCCUUAGGAACAGGAUUGGCCUUAGCUUCUGGGCCUGUCUGCUGCCUUCCCUCUACUUCCUACAAGUUCUACUUUCCUUUGAGCUCUCCUGGGGUUGGGGAUCUUAGGUUUUUAUUUCCCAGCUCUUCAUUUUUCCUU